GAUGAAAUCUUGGUUCAACCGGAACAGCCUGUCACCGGCACACACGUUUCUCAGCGACCGCCGGUGAGAUAUAAUAAGCAGCAGACAUCAUGGGAGAGCAGCUGAGUCCUGAUGAGAAGUUCCAGCUCAUCACCAGAAACCUUCAGGAGGUUCUUGGUGAGGAGAGGUUGAAGGAGAUCCUGAAGGAGCGGGAACUGAAGGUUUACUGGGGAACAGCGACUACAGGCAAACCCCAUGUUGCUUACUUUGUCCCCAUGUCAAAAAUUGCUGACUUCCUGAAGGCGGGCUGUGAGGUGACCAUCCUCUUUGCUGAUCUCCAUGCUUAUCUGGAUAACAUGAAGGCUCCCUGGGAGCUGCUGGAGCUCCGGGUGAAGUAUUAUGAGCAGGUCAUCAAGGCCAUGUUGGAGAGCAUUGGAGUUCCUCUUGACAAACUCAAAUUUGUCAAAGGCACAGAUUAUCAGCUCAGCAGAGAAUACACUCUGGAUGUUUACCGACUGUCAUCCAUGGUCACUGAACACGAUGCAAAGAAAGCAGGGGCAGAGGUGGUCAAACAGGUUGAGCAUCCUCUUCUCAGUGGUCUGCUGUAUCCUGGACUACAGGCACUGGAUGAGGAAUACCUAAAAGUAGAUGCUCAGUUUGGUGGUGUGGACCAGAGGAAGAUCUUCACAUUAGCUGAGAAGUACCUGCCUUCCCUUGGGUACACCAAACGUAGCCACUUGAUGAACCCAAUGGUUCCAGGACUGACUGGGAGCAAGAUGAGCUCCUCAGAGGAGGAAUCCAAGAUUGACCUGCUAGACAAGAACCAAGAUGUGAAGAAGAAGCUGAAGAAGGCGUUCUGUGAGCCUGGAAAUGUGGAGAAUAAUGGAGUUCUGUCUUUUGUCAAACACGUGCUUUUCCCUCUGCACUCAGAGUUUGUGAUUAAAAGAGAUCCAAAGUUUGGAGGUGACAAAGUCUACACAGAUUUUGAGGAAGUGGAGAAGGACUUUGCUGCAGAGCAAAUUCAUCCAGGUGACCUGAAGGCUUCAGUAGAAUUGGCUCUUAACAAACUGUUGGACCCUAUCAGGAAGAAGUUUGAGAGCCCUGAGUUGAAAAAACUGACAUCAUCUGCUUACCCAGAACCAUCUAAAAACAAAGGAGGAGCAAAGGGCAACCCUAAACAAACCACAGAUGACGAUGAGGUCAUCCCAUCCAGAUUAGACAUCAGAGUGGGAAAAGUCAUCAGUGUAGAAAAGCAUCCAGAUGCAGACUCACUAUAUUUAGAGAAGAUUGAUGUGGGUGAAGAACAGCCGCGGACUGUAGUGAGUGGACUGGUGGCUUAUAUCACAGAGGAACAGCUUCAGGACCGACUCGUUGUGCUGCUCUGCAACUUAAAGCCCCAGAAGAUGAGGGGGAUUGAAUCUCAAGCAAUGGUGCUUUGUGCUUCAAUCGAAGGAGAGCCCAGGAAAGUGGAGCCUUUGGAUCCACCAGAAGGAUCUGCAGCAGGAGAUCGUGUUUACGUAGAGGGCUAUGAAUCUGGCAAACCAGACGAUGAAUUGAAACCAAAGAAAAAGGUGUUUGAGAAGUUACAGGUUGAUCUGAAGAUCUCCGGCGAGUUUGUUGCACAAUGGAAAGAGCAAAAUCUGAUGACCAAACUUGGACGAAUCACCUGCAAAACACUUAAAGGUGGAAAUAUCAGCUAGAAUAUCCACACUAUUUUUCUCAAGCUCCAGUGGGAGAGUUUUCAUGACAGCCGUAAUCCACAUAACAUCUACACUGUGUAUAUCACUCAUCAUAGGCAUCAAAAACUGAACUAAUAGUUCACCAUUACUGCAGAAGAAUGCAUAGGAGUAUUGUCUGUCCUUUACAUUGCAUGUAAUGGCGUCCAAGAUGAUUUAUGCAUUAAGUACUGCAGUAAACAUGCUAAUAUGCAUUAGUGAUAAAUGGGGAAUCUUGCAGGAGCUCAUCUGUUAUCUUAAAACUCAGGUUUUCCUGUGGUGCCAUGUCUGUUGAUCAGUGCUUAUAAUGAUCAGUGUGACAAUGUACAAACUAUUAUUUAACCUUCAAAGUAAACGGUUCAGAUGUGGGACAAUCUACAGUAUAUAAACAGCAAAAUGUUAUGGUGAAUAUUUUAAGAUUAGUUGUUCCCAGAAAACAGCUAGAAUUUCAGAUAACGUAACAUUCAGAUCUAAUGUUAACCAGACUCACUCAAAUAAAGGAUGAUUCAUAACUGA